GUCUGGCGCCCCGCUCGUGGCGCAGCCUUCGCUUGCCGGGCCCGCAGCCGCCGUAGGUUGUUAGGCCCUGUAACGUUGCGAGGUACCAGCUGAGGGUGUGGGGCUUGGGGAGUUUCGCUUUGCACUGCAGCUUUAGCAUCUUUAUGCGGCUUUCCCACUAGAUCCCAAAACACUGUCGCAUGGCAUCUGCUGAAAUUAGUACUCCUGUGUUUAUGAGGAUGACUAGAAGAAGAACUAAAUCAGUUCAUAAGCCAGAGGUAAUUCAGGAAUUUCAGUUGGAAGAGGUGGAGCGUGUAGAAACAAAGUCAGAUGUCAGUGAUAGCUUAGAGUUGCAGAUUACUGGAAAUAAGAAAACAACUGUUCAUUCAGCACAAGCUGAUGGGGAGGUGUCAGAAACAGAAUCAAACUGCUCUGCUGUGUCUGGUUUUCAGACACCUUUGUUUGUAAGAGUAACAAGAAGACGACAAAUUAUAGUUCCUUAUCAGCCAGAUUCUCCUAAUAAAAAAAGACAUGAUAAGACAGCUUUUCUAAAUAAGAUAUCCAAGAUUCUGGGUGAAGAUGAUGUCUCUGAAGCUGAAUCUUGCUCCUCUGCUGUUUCUGGUGUCCAAAUAACUGAUGUUGCCAGAACCACAAGAAGAAGGCAAAGCAAAAAGAAAUUGCAACCUGAUACAGUUUGUGAGGUCCAGGGUGAAGAAAUUUCUGAUGCAGAGUCAUGUUGCUUAAGUUCUAAGUUGGAACCAUCCAUCACUACUAAACGAAUUACAAGAAGCAUGCAAAUUAAAUCACAAUUAGAAAAUAGUAAGCAGAAUGAGAAAGGAAGCAUAAUUGUUUCAGAAGAUGAGAAUUUAAUUGGGGAUACAGUUAAAUCAGAGCCAGUAGCAAUUUCUGAUUCCAUACCUGCUGCAGAACUUGUCUCUGACGCAGAAGAUGCUUCCUCUGUCAUUGAGGAUGGUAAAGAACCCAGUUCACCUAAAAGCAAAUCUGCAAGUACAACCCAGAGUGAGGACGUGGAAGAAGAAGUUUUGAAUGGUAGGAUGCCCAGCAAUCUUGCAAAAAUGAAACAAAGCAACACUGAAUCGCCGGGAAAAAAAGCAAUAAAAACUCCACAGGCUGCUGUGGUAGAUGAUUCAGAGGAAGAAUGUAGCCAAAUACAAGAACAUCGUGGUGAAGUACUUCUGAGGAAGGGGAAAACACAGAAUAACACUCUUUCUUUGACUGAUUGCAUGAGUCCCAAACAAUUUCUUGAAUCCCAAGGGCAAAUAACACCAAAUGAAAGUAAAAAAAUUACAGAAUGCAGAAGAGCAGGUGCUGAGACAGCUGCACAGGAGGCUUGCACCCAUGCUGGUGAACUAAGAAAGGGUGAGCGAUCUAGUGCAGUGAGCAGCCCACCAAAGGACACAGUUGUUGCACAGAGAACUGAUAGAUGCAGGAAAAUCAGUGUAUCCAGUGCUGGAGACCAAACAGGAGAAUCUGCUGAAUCUGUAUUCCACAGCAGUGAAAGGUCAAGCAGUGGAAACAAUUCUUUUGCAUUGUUUCUGACAAAAGAUGAAAGUGAUGAAUCUGAAAAUAGUGGUAUGGGAGACAUAGAUGCAGUUGAAGAUAAUCUGUGUUAUAAAGAGGCAGAUCAGAGGGCACCUUCCCUCAACAAAUCUUUAAAGAAAGAUUCACUGCAUGCUGAAGGGCUUUUUGUAAUUGAUACUGAGCCUGGCAUGAGUUCCAGCCAGAAGUAUUAUCUAGAUCAGGUAGACCAAGAUUGUGAUGCUGAAAGUAAACAUGAAGGAAGUGAAAAAGUUGAACGAUCUUCAGAUCUGGAAGAGGCUGAAGAGGAACUAAUAGAUGAAGAUGGGAAGGAUGAAGAUGAUGAUUUCUUAAAAAAUAAAAGGGACAUUUUACAUCUUUCUAGCAGCAUUGACCCUGGCUUGAAUAUCAAGAAACUUGGAGGUUUAUAUAUUAGUUUUGAUACAAAACAAAAAAAACAGCAGCCUAUAUCAAGUGUAAUGAAAAAACUAAAGAACAAGAAGGAGGACCAGCUCUUACAGAAGAGUAUAAUUACUCCGGAUUUUGAAAAAAAGGAAUGUGUCCCUCCCUUCAGGCAAUCACUUCACCAGCUGAAGAAACAGCAUAGGGCAGAGCGAGAAAAAACAACAGGUGAUGGUUGGUUUGGUAUGAAAGCCCCAGAAAUCACUAGUGAACUGAAAAAUGACCUUAAAGUUUUGAAGAUGAGAGCAUCAUUGGAUCCUAAGCAUUUUUAUAAGAAGAAUGACAGAGAUGGUCUACCCAAGUACUUCCAGGUUGGAACAGUGGUUGAUUCCCCCAUAGACUUUUACCAUAGUCGAAUCCCUAAGAAACAAAGGAAGAGAACAAUUGUUGACGAGCUGCUUGCAGAUUCUGAGUUUAGAAGAUAUAAUAAAAAGAAGUAUCAGGAGAUCAUGAGUGAAAGAGCAGCUUUUGCAGCAGGGAAGAGGAAUCGGAAGAAGAAGAAAUUUCACAAUUAAGACUUCAAGAAAAAUAACAAGCUGGACAACUUACUUGUUAUAAACCUUUUUACAGAAUG